AUGCGCUCGGUUCUGAGGCCCUUUCUGGGUGCCAUUGCGCAUAGAUCUUUUGUGUCUGUCCCGGCUCGGCAUGCGGGUUUCCUCGGACAAAGCAAACGCGUCUGCGUGCCCCAGCGAUGGUUUUCCUCUUCCAAGCAGUUCGCAGAAGCCUCGGAGUCACCCGUCGAGCUUGCAUCCACUCCAUACUCCGCAUUGACCGUCGGUGUUCCUCUGGAGAUAUAUCCGGGGGAACGUCGGGUCGCUAUCACCCCACAGAAUGUGGCUCUCUUGCUGAAGAAGGGAGUCUCGCGCGUCCUUAUUGAGCGUGGUGCAGGCGAGGGUGCUCAACUGCUAGACCAUGCCUACGAACAAGCCGGCGCGACAAUGGUCGACCGAGAUGCUAUCUGGUCUCAGAGUGAUAUUGUCUUGAAGGUCCGCAGUCCGCAGUCCGAAGGACCCUUCAAUGAGAUCCAGGCUCUGCGCAAAGGUUCAACUAUCAUCUCCUUCGUCUAUCCCCUCCAGAACAAGCCCCUCGUCGAAGCGUUCGCGGCUCGUGGUGUUACCUCUUUCGCCAUGGAUCGCGUCCCCCGGAUUUCCCGUGCACAGGUGUUCGAUGCCCUCAGCUCCAUGGCCAACAUUGCUGGAUACAAGGCAGUGCUGGAGGCGUCUAAUCACUUCGGUCGUUUCUUAACUGGUCAGGUCACUGCUGCUGGAAAGAUUCCCCCCAGCAAGGUUCUCGUCAUUGGUGCCGGCGUAGCUGGUUUAAGUGCAAUUGCUUCCGCGCGCCGUAUGGGUGCUAUCGUUCGUGGUUUUGAUACUCGCCCUGCCGUCCGUGAGCAAGUUCAAUCUCUGGGUGCUGAAUUCAUCGAGGUGGAUUUCCAAGAAGAUGGUGCUGGUCAGGGCGGCUAUGCCAAGGAAAUGUCUAAGGAGUUCAUCGAGGCAGAAAUGAAGCUCUUCAUGGAACAAGCCAAGGACGUUGAUAUCAUCAUCACUACCGCUUUGAUUCCCGGAAAGCCUGCUCCUAAGCUCAUUACCAAGGAAAUGGUCGAGGCCAUGAAACCAGGCUCUGUGAUUGUUGAUCUUGCCGCUGAGGCAGGCGGCAAUUGCGAAGCUACAGUCCCUGGUGAAUUGAGUCGCUACAAGGACGUCACUAUCAUCGGCUACACGGAUCUUCCCUCUCGUCUCCCUACCCAGUCUUCGACACUGUACUCGAACAACAUCACCAAGUACCUUCUCUCCAUGGCUCCCCAGGAGAAGUCCUUUGGCAUCGACUUCAAAGAUGAAGUUGUGCGAGGAUCAAUCGUGACGCUCAACGGUGAAAUCAUUCCACCUGCCGCCCCGCCUGCUCCCCCUCCAGCUCCAAAGCCCGAAGCUCAAGCUGCAGCCAAGAAGGAGGAAGUGGCCUUGACACCCUGGCAACAGACAACCCGUGAUGUGACCGCCGUCACCGGUGCUAUGGGUACAACCCUCGCAUUGGGCAAAGCCACCGGUCCAAUCUUCAUGGGCAACAUGAUGACCUUCGGUCUUGCCGGUCUGGUGGGCUACCGUGCAGUCUGGGGCGUCGCCCCUGCACUCCACUCUCCCCUGAUGAGUGUCACUAAUGCGAUCUCUGGUAUGGUUGGAAUUGGUGGACUGUUCAUUAUGGGUGGUGGCUACACACCCACUACAAUUCCCGAGUAUCUUGGUGCUGCUUCGGUGCUUCUGGCUUUCGUGAAUGUUUCCGGUGGCUUUGUUGUCACGAAGCGCAUGCUGGAUAUGUUCAAACGCCCAACCGAUCCCCCUGAGUACCCCUGGUUGUACGCUGUUCCUGCCGUUGUCUUCGGCGGUGGCUUCAUCGCCGCCGCUAGCACCGGCAUGGCUGGUUUGGUGCAAGCCGGCUACCUGGUCAGCUCACUUCUUUGCAUGGGCUCAAUCUCAAGCUUGGCCUCCCAGCAAACUGCUCGUCGGGGUAACAUUUUCGGGAUUCUCGGUGUUAUCUCUGGUAUCCUGGCUUCCUUGGCUGCGGUGGGCUUCACACCCGAAACCCUCACGCAAUUCUCGGCUGUUGCUGGCACCGGUGCCAUCGUUGGUGGUUUGAUCGGUCGUCGAAUCACACCCACUGGUCUUCCCCAGACUGUCGCCGCUCUCCACUCCGUGGUCGGACUGGCUGCCGUCCUCACUAGCGCUGGCAGUGUGAUGGCUGACAUCGGCGAUAUCACAACCCUUCACCUGACGACAGCAUACCUGGGUGUUCUCAUCGGUGGUGUCACAUUUACCGGCUCAAUCGUUGCAUUCAUGAAACUGGCAGGCCGUAUGUCCUCCAAGCCAACAAUCUUACCCGGACGCCAUGUCAUCAACUCCACUCUAUUGGGUGGAAAUGUUGCAACCAUGGGCGCAUUCCUCACCAUGGCACCGGGAAGCCCUGCUAUCGCGGCCGCCUGUCUGGGUACCAGUACUGUCCUCAGUUUCCUCAAAGGAUAUACCACAACAGCCGCCAUCGGUGGUGCCGACAUGCCAGUCGUCAUCACCGUAUUGAACGCUUACUCCGGAUUUGCCCUGGUGGCAGAAGGCCUAAUGCUCGAUAAUCCCCUUUUAACCAGUGUUGGAUCCCUAAUUGGAGUCAGCGGCUCUAUUCUUUCCUACAUCAUGUGUGUCAACAUGAACAGAUCUCUCACCAACGUUCUUUUUGGUGGUAUCUCGAGCCCAGCAGCCGAGAACCAAAAGAAAAUCGAGGGCGAAAUCACGCAGACCAGUAUUGAUGACACCGUGGAAUCACUCUCCAGUGCCGAGAACGUCAUCAUCGUCGUCGGUUAUGGUAUGGCCGUUGCGAAGGCUCAAUAUGCUCUAUCUGAGAUUGUUGGGCUUUUGCGGGCCCGUGGUGUCAAUGUGAGAUUCGCCAUUCACCCAGUUGCUGGCAGAAUGCCUGGUCAAUGUAAUGUUCUGCUUGCCGAGGCUUCAGUGCCAUACGAUAUCGUUUUGGAGAUGGAGGAAAUCAAUGAAGACUUCUCUGACACCGAUGUCACGCUCGUCAUUGGCGCCAACGAUACUGUCAACCCUAUCGCUAUGGAGCCUGAUUCCGCCAUCUCCGGUAUGCCUGUGCUCCACGCCUGGAAGAGUAAGGAGGUUAUAGUGAUGAAGCGCGGCAUGUCCAGUGGAUACGCGGACGUGCCAAACCCGAUGUUCUUCAUGCCUGGUACACGGAUGCUGUUCGGAGAUGCUAAGACUUCUUGCGAUGGUAUGAUUUAUUCCCCGGUAUUGAAUAUGGCGUGCACUAACAUGAAUCCCCAGCUAUAA